AUGGAGAACAUGGCCGCUUCGGCAUCGGCUGUCUACGCGGCCCGCGGCUCGCAUCCUGGAGUUCUUCCACCACCAGCUGAAGGACAUCAUCGAGUACGCCGAGCUCAAGACCGACGUGUUCCAGAGCCUCCGCGAGGUGGGCAACGCCAUCCUCUUCUGCCUCCUCAUAGAGCAGGCGCUGUCUCAGGAAGAAGUGUGCGAUUUGCUCCACGCCGCCCCCUUCCAGAACAUCUUACCCAGAGUCUACAUCAAAGAGGGAGAGCGCCUGGAGGUCCGCAUGAAGCGUCUGGAAGCCAAGUACGCCCCCCUGCACCUGGUCCCCCUCAUAGAGCGGCUGGGGACCCCCCAGCAAAUCGCCAUCGCCCGGGAGGGGGACCUGCUGACCAAGGAGCGGCUGUGCUGCGGGCUGUCCAUGUUCGAGGUCAUCCUGACGCGCAUCCGCAGCUACCUGCAGGACCCCGUGUGGCGCGGGGCCCGCCCCCCACCAACGGCGUCAUGCACGUGGACGAGUGCGUGGAGUUCCACCGCCUCUGUAGCGCCAUGCAGUUCGUCUACUGCAUCCCCGUGGGCACCAACGAGUUCACGGCCGAGCAGUGCUUCGGGGACGGCCUCAACUGGGCGGGCUGCUCCAUCAUCGUGCUGUUGGGCCAGCAGCGCCGCUUCGACCUGUUCGACUUCUGCUACCACCUGCUCAAGGUGCAGCGGCAGGACGGCAAGGACGAGAUCAUCAAGAACGUGCCCUUGAAGAAGAUGGGCCGACCGGAUCGGAAGUACCAGAUCCUGAACAACGAGGUGUUCGCCAUCCUGAACAAGUACAUGAAGUCGGUGGAGACGGACAGCUCGACGGUGGAGCACGUGCGCUGCUUCCAGCCGCCCAUCCACCAGUCGCUCGCCACCACCUGCUAG